GGGGUUUAAAGUGCGAGAUUUAUUGCAGGGAGGGGAAAGAAGAAAAAGUAAAGAGACGCGAAGGGUUUCUUUUUAAAUAAUGAUUUGGAAACUGACUGGGAGGUUUUGUGUGCCCUACUACACUUCUCUGUUUACUACCCUCUUCCUAGGAACAUCCAGUCCGCUUUCUUAUUCUGUUCUGUUUUCUGUGUUUACUUUUUUUUAUUCUGUUUGAGAAGGACGUCAAUGAGGAGAUUCGGCCAGAUGCAGAAUACCCUGGCUUCUGAUCCAGCGCGCCAGCGUCUCGACUUUUCUGCUGACAGAAGAGUGGACAUAAAGCGUCGAAGAAGCAGUUUUAGCAGCAGCAGCAGCAGUAGCUACAGCAGCGAGAGCUUUGAUGCAAGACGUAACGGCGCCGAGGAAGCGCGUGUGGGCACGCGAUAUUUUGAUGCACGUCCCGUACUCGCAAGUAACGCCGCUGGCGCAGCAACAGCAGCAGCGGCAAAUAUGAGGCGCCGAGAGUAUCGUCUGUUGGGCUCUGGAGGACCAAAGUCCUUGUCGACGGAGGAGGAAGACCCCGGCGCGGGGAAGAACGGGGUGUCGCCUGAUACGCUAGCUGCUAUCUCUGAGUUUUUACGAGCGCAGAACGCGAAUGCGACGGCCGGGUCUGAUAAGGAAAACAUCGAUCCAGAGAAUAAUUCCCGACAAGAAGACUGCGUGCCUCUGCUCGGCACCGCGGAGUACUGCUCUCCGCCUAUCGCAUCCACCUCGUCGUCGCCGGAUUACUCGACCGCCGGCCGCGCCGCCGCCGCAUCUGCUGAUAUCGACUUUGGCUUUGGCGCCUCGGUCUCGGAAAUCGCGUGCGAGCCCGAGCGGCGCGGGAUCCGCACGCGGCUGCCGAUGUCGCAGCCUGCCACGCAGCGGAGACCGAAUAUGUCGACUACUCGGAGCCGGAUCAUUCAGGCGAGCGUGCGGCCGGAGGGGACUGCAUCGAGUUUGAUUUUCAGUCCGGUUGCUGACGAUGGAGAGGAGGAGGAGGAUAGAGAGGCUGCUGCGACGCCGGUGGUGGUUGCAGGACGAAGCACACCUAGCGUGCAGGAAGACGACCUUUUGCAGGCGCUGGAUAUGAAUGCGCGAGUGGCUAUUCCUUCGAAUCUUAUAGGCAGCAGAUACUCCGCUCCGGACAACAGCCACGAGCAGGCCUACGAGUACGGUUUCGCGGCAAGACAGCAACAUACAAAGGCGACGCGCAUCCGCGGCGUCGCAGCGUCAGAAUGCAAAGGCUCUGCGACGCUCGCAUGUGAAUUCGAAGGCGGUAUCUCCACGUCGCAAGCUGAGCUCCCUUUCCGCGCGUCUCGUGCCAGAGGGAUGAAUCAUGUCGGCGCCGAGUUGAAGCUUGGUCCGUCUGCGCUUGGGGAGGCUGCGUAUAUGGGAGAGGAGGUUGUGUCUGGGCAGAUUCAGCUGCAUGAACGGACGUGGCAUGCAAAGAUACGAGCAGGACGUGAUGAUUUUGAGGAGGUGGGGAGGGGGUUUCACGUCGUUUCUGUCGACGUGUUUUUGGUCUGCCAUCAGAGAAUCGGACGAGCGGCAACAAAGACCCUUGAAGCCUGUAAGUUCCCGCUUUUCUCGCACUCUGGCGAGGGUAGAGGGCUUCCUGCGUGGCUGAUCAAUUUCUCGCUUGUACUUCCCCCAAAAAUGGGACCAGGAUAUCUGUGUUCGGAAGGUUACUUUGGCGGCAGCGACAGGGUGGAGAUCACAUACUCGCUGAUUGCUCAAGUAUCCACCAAACUGCAUCAUCAUCAUCACACGACCAGUGACGACGACGACAGGGUUUACAAAGUGCAGAUCGGGCAGCCAAUCAAGUUUUUCAACGCGGGCGGGGUAAACAGCGGCAAGAACUUUGGCGUGAAGAUAAAGUCGACGAUGUAUGGCCAUGCAAGAUUACGUGCGGGGGGCUGGAUUUCGACAAUUCUGGCGGGCGCGUCGGUCGCGUCGUUGCCGUCGUUGUCGGCGGUAUCGUCGAAGCCCUCGUCGCCAUCGUCAGCGCGGUCUCGGGUUCGCGCACGACCGCCGCCGCCGCCGCGCGAGAGCGAGCUCGUGCGGAUCAGGGUCGAGGAUGCGCGGCGAGGAGGGCGGGAGGGUGGAGUUGUUGUUGCGGGGAGUAAGUUUGCGGUUGAGGUGUAUGCGCAGAAUGGGGUUGAGAGCGGGGUUGAGUUGUCGCGGGUGCGGAUGCGGGUGGUGCAGGUUGUUGAGUAUCUGAAUUCUACUAUGCAGGCUAGAGGGUAUGAGAGGGUAGUUUCGGAAGUGACAUACAAAGCGCCGAUUCUGAAGCGCGAGUCUAGUGAGCUCGGGAUCGAAGUCGAGGCAUUGCAGCCAGGGCAGAGCGGGAGCUACGAGGGUUAUGUUGCGAUUCCGAAAUACCUUGCGACGGCGACGGACAGUGCGGUGGUGAGGGUGAGGUAUGAGGUCGAGGUGAGCGUGGGGGGCAGUCGGGGAUCUAAUCUGUUGCUGUUUGCGAGACGGAAGUGGGUGUCUGUGCGGGUUCCUGUGACUGCUGCUGUGCGUGAGAGCGAGGGUGAGAUGAAGAGAGAGAACGGGAAGGCGGCGAUGGUGGUGAAGAGAUCGCGCGCGGAAGGGUUUAGGAGUAUGAGAGGAGACGGGAGCGUGGAUGUGAUGAAGACGAAGCCGAGCGAGACGUUUGAAGAGGCGUAUGAAAAGCUCGCGAGGUUUGCGGCGGAGGAGAGGAGGAGGAGUGCUGGGUAUUAUACGGCGCAGGCGGAGGAGUAUUUUGAAGGACGGGGAGCGGAGGAGGACAAGUGCUUUGUCUGAUUGAUUGAUUGAGUGCCUACUGUGCUGUUACUAUUAUUAUGAAUAUUAUUACUGGUGUUACUAUUAUUGUCGAUGCUGAUACCGUUGAGACGAGAGUGAAGUUGAUGAAAUACAAGUGCAUUUGAUAGUGGAUAAAGCAGGGGUUUCUGAACCAGCCGGCGCGAACAGGAGGACUAUAAAUAGUAAGACGAUAAAGGGCUGGAGGAGGAGGAGGAAGAGAGGGCUAUUUAUAAACUCGCGUAAUUGAGAGAUAAGGUUUAAUACAUUGUGCUAGCGUAAGGUACUGAUUAAGACACAAUGGAGAGGAGGAAGAAGGACAGAGGGCCGCGGCAGAAGGAAGAGGAGGAAGAGACGGAGGAAGAAG